UUUGCGGCGCGGCGCCGGAGGAGGAAGUGGCUUGGUUGUUGCUCCCUGUGCGCCCGCAGCUGGCUCCGGGGGAGCAGAGAGGGGCCGUAGUCACCGCGGCUCCGUCGCGCCUCCCCGCUGCUCCCCUCCAUGUACCCGGGCGCCGCCGCUCUCCUUCCUCAGGCCGCCGCUUAUCCCGGGGUCUAUGGAAGUAAUGGAAGGACCUCUCAACCUGGCUCAUCAACAGAGCAGAAGGGCAGACCGUUUAUUAGCUACAGGAAAAUACGAAGAAGCUAUUUCUUGUCACAAAAAGGCUGCAGGAAAAUGGAUUUAAAACAAACUGAAGUGCAGACGGGACAAAUGUAUGCAGGCAACAUUGGAAGGAUGUCCAAGAACAUUCCUGCACAUCAUAUCAGAGCAAUAGCAGAGCAGGAAGAAUGUCUCAAGAGGAACAGAAAUGCUUAUCUUUCCGAAGCCAUGACGUUGACACAGUCUGAGCAGGCUCAUUUGUCACUGGAAUUGCAAAGGGAUAGCCACAUGAAACAGCUCCUUCUCAUCCAGGAGCGGUGGAAAAGGGCAAAGCGUGAGGAAAGAUUGAAAGCGCAGCAGAACGCAGACAAGGAUGUGUCUUCCCAUCUUCAGACAUCUCACAAACCCUCUGCUGAGGAUACAGAGGGCCAGAGUCCCCUUCUUUCUCAGAAGUACAGCCCUUCCACAGAGAGACACCUGCCUGAAAUUCACGGUAUCUUUGACAGGGAUCCAGACACACUGCUGUUUUUACUUCAGCAAAAGAGUGAGCCAACAGAGCUGUGUAUGGGAAGCAAAGCCCCAAAAGAUGAUAAAACAAUUAUAGAGGAGCAGGCAACAAAAAUUGCAGAUUUGAAGAGACAUGUGGAAUUCCUUGUGGCUGAGAAUGAAAGGUUAAGGAAAGAAAAUAAACAACUAAGGGCUGAAAAGGCCAGACUUCUAAAAGGUCCGAUAGAAAAGGAGCUGGAAGUAGAUGCUGAUUUUGUAGAAAAGUCAGAGUUAUGGAGCUUGCCACCACCUUCAGAAACCGCUGCAGCCUCUUCAACUUGGCAGAAGUUUGCAGCAAAUACCGGCAAAGCCAAGGACAUUCCAAUACCAAAUCUUCCUCCCUUGGAUUUUCCAUCUCCAGAACUUCCCCUCAUGGAUCUCUCUGAGGAUGUUUUGAAAGGACUCAUGAAUAAUUAAAAUGGAAGGGCAUAGAUGAGGUGAGAAGAGGAAAUACUACAAUACAGUUAAUUCAGCAAAAAAAAAAAAAGGGAAAACCACAUAUAAGGGUAAUCCCAGAAAUGCUUCAUCAUCUGGCCUACUGUGGGAGAGGAAGCAUUGCCAGGACUUGGAAACAGUCACUGUGAAAUAUGUCGCAUAUCUGAUUCACUGACUUGAGCUAAUGAUUCCAACUCAGCAGACACUAAAUCUUGGAGGUUCACUUUCUCCUGAUAAAAACCAAAUGGCUACCUGGAAUAAUUUUUUCAAGCAACAAUUAUUUUUCUUAUCUUCAGGGUUAAAAUAUGUAAAAGUAUGUUAUGUGUAAUUAAUCUAUAAUGCCAUAAAUGAUAAUGCAAAACCUGAAUAGUAUGGUGGCCUGGUGGGCUGCCUUAUAUUUGAAACAUGCUUCUUAUCAUGCAUCGACUGUAUGCAUUCUGUCAUGCACAUUUUGUUUGUUUAAAUAAGGUGUGUAAGAUACACACUUUUCUAGAUGAAACUACAUGUGCCACACUUUGCACUACUCAUAAUGAUAACCUCAAGACUAUCAGGAGAAAUAUUUAAAUUUCCAUUUUAUGAAGAAAAGAACCAAAUUAUUAGUUACGCUUUUUUAAACAAAUUACCAGUUUACAUAAUUAAUCAGGGUGCAUUUUAAGUUCUAACUUUGUUUAUUGUAUAAUGCAUCAUUUGAAAAUACCAAGGAAAUGGCCUUUGUUUUUAAUGAUGCAUGAGUGGAAGUAAUGCUAGUUGGCAGGAUUUGAUUGUAAGAAAUCAAUAAAGUAAUUGUGUUUUA